AUGUCACGUGGAAAAUACCGGCGGAAACCGUCACCAUGGCCGCACCUAGCCUCGGGAACCUUAAAACAGCCCAGAGAUGGUCAAAGGGCUCUCGUAGCUCAUAGAAUCAACAGCAUGGAAUACCACGACGAAUUUCAGCCUCUCACUACGGAGCCAGACAUCUUUGUAACCAUAAGAUUCUCCGCGUCAGUCCCAGAUAUCCUCUUGGAAGUCUCACAUCCGUCAACCACGACCUCCGCUGGCUUAAGACAGCUGAUCCGGGAAAAACUACCCAAAGAUUUGGCUAAAAGGAAGCUACGGUUGAUCUAUGCGGGACGAGCUCUUAUAGAUGGCGUGGGACUGGGCGUCAGCUUACGACUGGAGCUAGACCCUGUAGAUGUGAAGGGAAAGAAACCAAUUCGGGGGAACGACGAUGAAUUGUCGAAGCGGGUGUAUAUCCACUGUUCGAUUGGUGAAAUUGUUUUGUCCGAGGAGGAAUUAGCCAACGAGGCGCAAGAAUCGCACAUAUUUUCUACAGUCUCCGAAGAAGACUCAAAUGCUGAACCGGACCAUUCAACUCUUGCCGGGCGUCAGGAUUCCCCUCAGGCGCAAAAUGACUCCAGUACCACAACCCCGGCCCCCCGUGGGUUUGACCGUUUGAUCUCCGCUGGCUUCACGGCUGCUGAAGUAUCUACUCUCCGCUCUCAGUUCCUGGCCUUGCAAUCCCUAACACACACCCCGGAUACAAUGCCGUCGGGCGAGGAGCUUCGGCGCCUGGAAGACCGCUGGAUGGACGAGGGAUCUACGGAGGCUCUGCCAGGUGGUGGGGAUGGUGGCGGUAUCGUCGGGGGUGGUGCCUUUGGUAACUUAAGCAGUGAUGGAACUGGAGUGCUGGAUGACAUGCUGUGGGGAUCGAUGAUGGGCUUCUUCUGGCCUGUGGGAUGCGGCUUGUGGCUGCUGCGUGAAGAGGGGGUAUGGAGUUGGCGGAAGGGGCUAGCAGUGUUUGUAGGGGUUGUGAUGAAUUUCGGGCUCGGUGUUGUGAAGUGGCUGAACUGA